UGAAAAGCACAGCAAACGCGCAAGCAUUGUCGCCAAAACAGACCACGGGCCAUUGUGGCACUCGGAAAAGUGGUCCGUCACCUCGGUAUCCUGUCAUCUGGUGCGCGAGGGCCGGCCGUCAUAGGAGACGCCAGAAGGCCAAGUUGGCACUGCCCCGCCAUUACGUAGCGCCGCCUGUCCAGAUAGCACCCCAGGCUUCCGCUUGAUCAACAAAAUUUCCAGCCUUGUCAUUACGAGCCGACUCCUGCCCGCGUUCAUCGAACGAGCAUCGAACCUUUCCUUUUUUUCCGACACGAAGCGCGUUUCCCUACAGAGAUACCCCUAGCCCAACAUGGUCGUCGACACGGCCUACUACGACACCCUGGGUGUGCAGCCUACGGCCACUGAGCUGGAGAUCAAGAAGGCUUACCGCAAGCUGGCCAUCAUCCACCACCCUGACAAGAACCCCAACGACCCGACCGCACACGAAAAGUUCCAGGCCAUUGGCGAGGCAUACCAGGUGCUGUCCGAUAAGGAGCUGCGCGGCGCAUACGACAAGUUCGGCAAGGACCAUGCUAAGCCUCAGGAGGGAUUUGCCGACCCGGCCGAGUUCUUCACCUCGAUAUUCGGAGGCGAGGCAUUUGUCGACUGGAUCGGCGAGAUCAGUCUGAUGAAGGACCUCACGGCUACAAUGGACAUCACCAUGAAGGAGGAGAUAGAGGAGGCCGAGGCCCAGGCCCAGGCAGAAGCUGCCGCGCAGGAGGGCGCUGCGGCGGCCAAAGAUGAUGCUGAUUUCCCGGGCACCGAAGAGGCCAAGAAGGCGAGCCUGAAAGAGCAGACCACCGCCGCCGAAGGUGCCGCCGCGGCUGCUCCGCCACCGACAGUAGUUGUCGAGGACGAGAAGGGUGCUCCCAAGGCGCCCUCUCCUGGUGUCGCGCCGACGCCGCCCGUCCGGUCGAAUGCCACGUCUCCCGCGCCGUCGUCGAGCUCUCGAAGCCGAACGCAGAUCCCGCUCCGGCCGGCCCUCACCGAAAAGGCGCACAGCGAGUCUCCCGAUCGCGAGCUGUCCGAGGAGGCGCUCAAGCAAAAGGAGAAGAAGAAAGGCGGGCUCAGCAAGGAGCAGCGUGAGCAGCUUGCCGAGUUCGAAAGGGAGCGUGCCCGCGUCCGCAAGGAGCGGGUAGACAUGCUGUCGCAGAAGCUGCUCGAUCGGAUCAGUGUCUGGACCGAGACGGACAAGGGCUCCGACGUAACCAAGGCAUUCCGAGAGAAGAUGCGUCUCGAGGUAGAGAACCUCAAGAUGGAGUCGUUCGGCAUCGACAUUCUUCACGCCAUCGGGCACACGUACGUCUCCAAGGCCUCUGGCCUGCUGCGCAGUCAAAAGUUCCUUGGAAUUGGCGGCUUCUUCAGCCGCUUGAAGGACAAGGGCACGCUCGUCAAGGACACCUGGAACACCAUCAGCAGCGCCAUUGACGCGCAGCAGACCAUGGAGGACAUGGCCAAGAUGGAGGAGAAGGGUGGCGACGACUGGACCGACGAGAAGCGCGUCGAGUACGAGCGUCGUGUCACGGGAAAGAUUCUCACUGCGGCAUGGAGAGGCAGCAAGUUUGAGAUCCAGAGCGUGCUUCGCGAAGUCUGCGACGCUGUGCUUUACGACAAGAAGGUCCCGCUCUCGAAGCGCCUGGAACGCGCACAGGCUCUCGUCCUGAUAGGCGACGUCUUCAACAAGGCUGCGCGAUCACCAGAGGAAGAAGGCGACUACCUCGUCUUCGAGCAGCUCGUUGCCGAGGCGGCCAUGAAGAAAGAUAAGGACGAGGAGAAGCGGAAGAAGGACAAGAAGGGCGGCCAUCAUCAUCAUCACGAGACCGCCGAGGCCACGGCUGCGGAAGCUCCCAAUGUGCCGAAGCAAUAAGCUCGGCGGAUGCAGUAAGAGAUUGGCAUUGAGUGGAAUGUAUAGAACGGCAUGUGAAGCCAUAGACUUGUUUGAGCGGUGGGAUGCGGGUGUUGGUUUCCUCUCCUCAUAUUCGAUAGGCUUCAGGAAGAGAGAGAUGGAUAUGGGCCUAGUGGCAUGAUCGCGGUGAGCAUGGAUAAAUACCUAGGUAGUAUAUGAUUUACAUUCAACUCUGCCAUCUCUCGCCCAGGGGUAUCUCUCUAGUCGG